AUGGACCUCGACCCGCCCGCCGGGGCCGACGUGCCGCCGUAUGGCCUCACCGGAUCGUCGCUCCCGGAAGCCCAUCCGCAUCCGCACCCGAGCCUCGCAAAUCCCGCCGACGGGCCCGGCCUGUCGCUCGACCGCCGGCCCAAGAAGUCGUCGACGACGUGCGCCGUGUGUCGCUUCCGCAAGGUUCGCUGCAACGGCGCGCGUCCUUGCUGCGGCAAUUGCCAGCGCCUCGGCUUCCCCUGCUCCUACGACGACGCCGACGUCGAUGCCUGGUCCAUGUCGCUGCCGCGCCGUCGGGUCAAGCAGGCCUGUCUCAGCUGCCAUAGCCGCAAAGCAAGAUGCUCCGGCCAUCUCCCUUCGUGCGAACGAUGUCGAGUCCAGGGCAUCGAGUGCGUCUACCGGCCAAACAAGCGGGCCAAGCCAUCGUCAGCCGGGGCCGGCUUCGGAGAUUCCAAGAGCCCCAAUAGCCCAGAUAGAGAAGAGAACCGAGACCUUGACGAAGGACGCAACGAGAGCCCGGCCUUGACUGACGCAGCCAGCUCUGCGAGUGAUCACCAUGAAGGUCCUCACAUCGAUGAAAGCUUCAACUCCAUCGUCAGCCGUGCAUUUGACCUCUUCUUCCGCCACGUUCACCACAUGGCCAUGUUCACCUUUCUGCAUCGCGCCUCUCUGAUGGAGCAGUAUCACGCCGGCAAGGUCGAGCGACCGCUUCUGCUGGCCAUUGUCGGCAUCACAUCAUGCUUGACCGACAUGGGGCCCGGCAUGCGCGAGUACGGAAACCGCUGCAUCAACGACGCCGAGGCCCUUCUCCUUGCCGACUACAGCCGUCCGUCCAUUGUCAAGAUCCAGGCGCUCAUCUUCGUCAUCAAGCAUCGCAUCCUCUGCAACAAAUUCUCCAGCGCCUUUGUCCUCCACAGCUUCGCGUCCCGCUACGCCACUGCUCUGCGUCUCAACUAUGAGGCGCCGCAUCUGCGCUUCCUGGCCCAGGAGUCCCGCCGACGUCUCAUGUGGGCCAUGUACUGCAUCGACACCAGCAUCUGCGGCGGAUAUCCCGACUUUGUCCUUUGGAGGGCCGAUCAGAUCCACGUCUAUCUGCCAUGCAACGAGCGCAACUUUGAAUUUGAUCUGCCGCAGCAAACGGAGAAGCUCGUGCCGGACUCGCACCAGCCGCGACCACCGCUCGCCGAGGACGUCGGGACCUUGGCUCUUCAUGCGCGCAUCCUCCACAUCCGCCAGAAGAUUAUCGAGUUCACAAAGGUAGCUCAGUACGACCGCGGCAUGGAAGCUGCUGAGCUGCAAGGCCGCAUCUUUGCGCUGGACAAGGAGCUCAACGACUUUGCUACCAACCUCCCGACCUCGUUCCAGUUCUCCGAAAACUCGCUCCGUCUCCGCGCCUACUCUCCUCGGCUGUGUGUCUUUGUCAUGAUUCACAUCUGGUGGCGCCAGUGCUAUUGCGACCUCUAUCGCCUCGCCCUGGCCGACAUCAACGGUGGGCUGCCGCAGUCCAUGCUCGACAUGUUUGACCAAGGUUUCCUUGAGCACUGCCACCGACAGUGCGUUGAUCACUCCCUGGCACUGACCCUCAUCUUUUCGCUUAUCCAAAAGCUCGAUGCGAAGCCCGUGGCCGACAUCGACCUGGCCAUGUGCGCCUAUCAGUGCGCGCGGAUGCUCAUGCACCUUUUCCAAUUCAACAUCUUUAGCCGUUUCGGCGUUGCGGCAGACACUGUCAUGGAGCAAGCCCAGCUUUGUUUGCAAACCAUAAAGGACUGUUGCGUAGGGCCCGCGGUGGACUGUAUCGUCGCAGAUUUGGAGAGGCUGGUUAACCGAGACGCAAGGGCCGUGACGGGAGAAGGCGUCGUGUCCACCGAUUUAUCGCAGCAGACGAUGCCCCAAAUCACAGACGCAUCGGGUGUGCUCAACACUCCUGCCGCGACCGGCCUGCAGGCUUUCAACCCUUCCUCAGGCGCCGUCAACAACACCGUCUCUCCGUUUACUCAUCCCGUCAUGACUGCUCCGUGGAUGUCGGAAACGGCCUUUACACCAGGCCUAGAUCAGCAGACCCUCCCUCAAGAUGUCCAUGCCGAUCCCACCAAAGGUGGGACUCCCAAUCUGUCUGCACCGCGAUCCGAGUAUGGCCAGUCGGAGCUGAAUAACGAAUACGACGGCACGUUUGCAGGACUCGGGCUGGACGAUGGAUUCGAUUAUAACAUGGGAGUGGACAUGAACAUGUGGGCUACGAAUGGGGGCAGCUGGACUGCGCCGGGAUUUGGUGCCUGGAUGGGCUGA